AUGCAGCAAGAGGUGGAGCCCCUGUGCUCCCCGACCAUGGGCAACCCCUUGCACAAGGAGGCAGGACCCCUCCUUGCGGACCUGGAGACCCCUGAGGAGACGCAGGCUCGGAGCCUGGGCAGGCCUGUCAAGUCCUCGAAGCAGUACCUGCAGCAGGUCAUUGCAGAAUAUGAGGCCCUGGACCGAGAGCUCCCGUGCAUCCGGAAGUUCCCCACACCGCCUGCUGCCCAGCCCCUCUGUCUCUGCAUGGAGUCCUCGGAGGAUUUUACCCACCUGGAGGUGCUGGAGGCGCUGGAGGCAGAGUUGCCCGGGGCCAUGGAGAGCGGGCGCGUGAGCAGCAUCCGCUUUGAGAACAUGAACGUCAUCUGUGGGACUGCGGGCCGCCGGGACAGGUGGCUCAUCACGGUGACGGACUUCCAGACUCGCUCGCGCCUGCUGCGCUCCGGGAUCCGCCCCCGUGGGCUCCUGCACCGGCUGGUGCGGCACGACGAACUGCUGCUGGGCGAUUACCGCCUGCACCUGCGGCGCUCCCAGGUCCGGCGGCGCAUGCUCGAGGCUCUGGGGGCGGAGUCGACCGAGGAGGACUGA